AUGGUCAUCACUACUUUUGCAACUCAUUCAGAAUUUCUGAACAUUAGGAAUGAUACAUUGUAUCUCUAUUUGGACUCUGUGAAUGGUGUGGAUGCCAUUGAUAAUGAUUGCACUUUCAAGGAUCGACCCUGUCGAUCAUUUCAUUCAAUUAUUGUUCAAAAUCGAGCAUUGGAUCAGAAUGUACUUCCCAAUGUGCAAUUGAAUGUGUUGAGUGCUGUGUUUGAAAUUCCAAGUGAUAUGAAUGGAUUUUUCUUUUUGCCCAUUAAAAAUACUUUUAAAAUUGUGGGAAAGGGAAGAACUGAAACGAUUUUGACUCAUGAUGUGAGUUUUAAAAAGACUGAUCAUUACUUGUCGUUGCAUAGAGGAGGAAUGAAAUUGAAGGACGAUCCAGAGCUUACGGUGGAAUUUUCACAAAUGACAAUCAAGACAUUGAAAUUGACAAGUAUGCCAUCUGUCACAAUUUCGAAUAGUUUUUAUGAUACUAUUUAUUUGAAAAAUGUGACAUUAAUCUACAUGCAUCAUUGUGAAAGUAUUGUCACACCCAUGAGAGAAUCACAAAAACCAUCCAAUGGUUCAACACUAGUGUUUAACAUUUAUACCAAAUUAAUGUUGCAUGCCAUCAACUUUAAUCCUCAAAGUACUGUAUUUGGAAAUGUUGACAUGUCAACGAUCACCAUAUUAGAAGACAUUCAUGCAAAAGAAAGCAUGAUUUAUUUCUUUCACGCCCUCUUCGCCAAUCCAGAAGAAAACAAUACUUUAUCUGCUCACAAUAUUGACAUGUAUGAAUCUUUGCUUCACAUCACAGAAUUUAAUCGAAUCAUGAUUGACAGAGGAGUUUUCACACGAAAUUUAGACGCCUCUCGUUAUGGGCAAUAUUUAUCAUUUCUAACAACCAUCGAUGACACUUAUCAAAAUCAGCCAAUACAGAAAUUAAUGAGCCAAUUGAUUUUUUCACACUCUUCUUUAAAUAUUGUGUCACAGGGAAGAUGCUCUGCGUCGAUGAUCAACUCUAAAUUUGCCCACGCAAAUCAAACUGGAGCUCUACAUUUGGAAGGUAUUGGAUUACUGGCAGGUUUUGUGAAUACACAGUUUUUGGACAAUGAAUCAGAAAUAGGUGGAGCGGCCAUCAUGAUGCGAAGUGUAUAUUAUGUCUUUGUUUCUAAUUGCACCUUUGCACACAAUAGACAAACCUCUCCAAAUUACAAUAUUGGAUUGCAAACCACUGGAGGAGGAGCCAUUCAUCAAUAUCAAAGUGUAUUUUCAUCGAAUGCUUGUGUUUAUUACAAUAAUACUGCCAAAACUUAUGGAGGUGUACUAUAUUCCUAUUUAGGUAUUCGAAUGUGGGUGACUCAAGAUCUUUUUUUAAAAAAUAAGGCAGCCAUUGGUGGAGCCAUUUACACCAAAAACACAAUAACCACUCUUCCGUUCAUCAUUGAAGAAUGUGCAUUUCGUCUCAAUUCUGCAGAGAAAUUUGGAGGAGCAAUCUUCUCGAUACGUGCUGGUAUUUUAAUGUCUGCUUUUAACAAUACCUUGCCACUCAUUUCACAAAAUACAGCUGGUGUGAGUGGUGGAGGUUUAUAUUAUUGUGAAUCAUCCGUAGAUUGGUAUGAAUCUCGUAUGAAUCCAGUCACACUACGAAAGGAAAAAUUUUUAAUCAAUUCUGAAUCGAGUAUGGAUGCUCAACAAAUGAUUCCUAAAUUUAUUGCACAAAAUUCAGUGCUCACACCGUUCCAUUUGAAAGAUAAAACGUCAUUUCCAGCAGAGGCCUCUCUUCAACUCAUCGUUCGAGGACCACAGAGUACUUUAGAAAUUACACAAAAACGAGAACAAAUAAGACAAAUUGGAAAACAAGCACUUCAACGUGCGGUUAUACCUUUGGCAAGUAAUUCGAGCGAUUUUAAUGUCGUGGCUGUUAAAACUUUUUUUGGAGAAGAAUUGGAAUUUGAUUUAACCAUGAAAGACACCUUUGGUCAAAUGAUACCUUACGAUGGAACUUUUAUGCGAAUCGACACAGUCGAUGAUUCAAUCGUUUAUUCUGAAGCCAAAAGUAAUGUUUUUGAAAAAGAUGAAGAAGGUAGUCUUCCACUCUUACAUCCCAUUGUGACAUUGGUUUCAUAUUCAUAUCAAGAUCCAUUUCCUCAAAAUGCCACUGUGAAAUUUUCACUAACUUUCAUUCAAGAUAUGCUUGUGACGUAUUAUUUUAAUGUGAAUUUUCAGUUUGACCCAUGCCCAACAAUGCAUUCUGCAUUUUCUAAAACUGAUUUGAAUGGAAAGAAGAUUUAUUACUGUAGUUUUAAUGUGGCUUACUUAUUACCUGUCAUUCUUGCGAUUGGAUUAGCAGUUAUGGUUGCUGUUGUGGUGAUUGUUGUGAUUUCAGUACGAAAAUUGAAAAAGAUGAAAUUUAGUGUGAAAUUAUUGAAACAAAAAGAAAAAGCUGAAAUUGAAUUGACACAAAAAUUGUUGGAUUUACAAACAUUAUAUGCCAGUGAAUUGGAGAAUAGACAUUCAUUUAAGGAAUGGCUCAUUAAAUUAGAAGAUAUUGAAAUUGUUUCAAAAAUUGGAGAAGGAGGACAGGGAGUUGUUUACAAGGCUAGAUGGAAAAAUGCAGAUGUUGCUCUCAAAAGCAUUAAAAUUGAAGAUUCAGACUUGGAUAGUAAUGAAUUUGAAAAUGAGGCAUCAUUGCUGAGCAAUAUUCGUCAUCCCAAUGUAGUUACCUUUUUCGGAGUUUGUCUCACAGAAUCAAACAAGUUUAUGGUGACAGAAUUCAUGCAUGGAGGAUCUCUGGAUUCACUCAUUUAUCAAUGCAAGGUGAAAAAGAAAUUUAUUCCAUUGGCAGAUAAAAUUCACAUGUUGAGUGAUAUUGCAAGUGGAAUGAGUUAUUUACAUCAUGGAAAAGAUAAGAUGAUCAUUCAUAGAGAUUUGAAACCUGGAAACAUUUUACUAAGCAAUGAUUUGACCUGUAAAGUGUGUGAUUUUGGAGUGUCCAAAUUGUAUCAACAAGAGGUUCAUAGAACCAAUACCUGUCGUGUAGGAACUUUGUUUUAUAUGGCACCUGAGGUAUUGUUAGGGGAGUUUUACAACGAGACAGCAGAUGUCUAUAGCUUUGCUCUUAUCAUGUGGCAAUUAUGUUUCGAUGAAAGUACUCUCUUUUCGUCAUCCUUCUCGAAAGAGUCAAAAUUUACAUCGUUCAUGACCAGCGAGCAAAUAUCUCAGUAUUCCACUCUCAAUGAUUCCAUCAUAGUUUUACCGAAAUUAGUGGCUGAUGGCUUGCGUUUGCCUAUUCCUUCUCUUCCUCUUGAUGCUAAUUCAAACACAUUAAGGAAUUGGGUUGAUGAAUUCUUUUUUCGAAACUCAAACAGUAUUUCAUCACAAUCCUUCGAGACUCAUGUUUCAGUCCUGAAUGACUUUUUUGAAUUGAUGGUCAAGUGUUGGAGUAAGGAUAUUUCUGAAAGACCCUCAUUUUCAUUGAUUUUCAACGAUCUGUGUAAAAUGGAAAAACGGCUAAGAAGUGUAAAAUGA